GCUCAAAGUCAGCUAGUAAAGAGGGGCAGUGAGAGUGAGCGGCGGCAUUGGCUGGAGAUCGAGGAAGCUCCCACUUGGCGUCAGAGGCAGUGGCGGCGAUGAAGACGACGACAUUGAUCGCCGACAGCAAGCGAUGGAGCUGGGUGGUCGUUGCCAUGCUCUCCGCCUUCGUGAUGACCGUGGCGCCCCUCGUCGUCAUCUUCGGCGGGAGCAUCGACGCGCCGGCAGUCUGGGUUAAGACGGCCGUGGCCGGCUGGGGACAAGGUUCAGACGAUCUCUCCUUCUGGUACCCGAGGACGGCACACGACAAGCUUCACGGCGGCCUUUUGGUUGAAGGCUUCGACCAAGAGUCGUGCCACAGCCGGUACCAAUCGGCCAUGUACCGCCGGAACCCCGGCAGGAAACCGUCCGAGUACCUCGUCUCCAAGCUCCGACGGCACGAGGUGCUGCAAAGACGGUGCGGCCCGGGCACCGCCGCCUACAGCAAUGCCCUGGAGCAACUCAAGUCCGGCAAGAAUGCCGCGUCCCCAGAGUGCACGUACCUGGUCUCCAUCUCGUACCGCGGCCUCGGUAACCGGAUCCUCGCCGCCGCGUCGGCGUUCCUCUACGCGCUGCUCACCGACCGCGUGCUCCUCGUCGACCCCAGCAACGAGAUGGACGGGCUGUUCUGCGAGCCGUUCCUCAACACGACGUGGCUGCUGCCGCGGGGCUUCCCACUCUGGGACUACCCGGGCUUCUACCUCGACACCGCGGAGCGGUACGGCAAAAUGAGGGAGAACGGAGUCCUCAGAACCGACGUGAUGACCGGCUCCUCGGCGGCGCCGGAGAUGCCGGCGUUUGCGUACAUCCACCUCGACUACAACCAGACCGAAUACGACCAGCUGUUCUUCUGCGACGAGGACCAGCAGAUGCUCUUGAACUUCCAGUGGCUGCUGAUGAGGACAGACAGCUACAUCGUGCCGGGUCUAUUUUUUUUGAAGGCGUUCCAGGAGGAGCUCGACAUGCUGUUCCCGGAGCGUGACACCGUGUUCCACCACCUCGGCGGGUACCUGUUCCAUCCAACUAAUCACGUGUGGGGCCUCAUCACGCGGUACUACCGCGCGCACCUCGCGUGGGCGCAGCGCCGGGUCGGGAUCCAGGUGCGCGUCUUUCCCUGGCAGGCGGAGUCGCCGGAGCUCCUUGAGCGGAUCACGACGUGCACGCAGGAGGAGGGGCUGCUCCCGGGAGUGCUGGACACGGAACAACCGGCCGUGUCGACGGCGAAGACUGCGCCUAGUGUCAAAUCCAGCGCUGUCGUGAUCACCUCUCUCAAGGCCUGGUACUACGAGCAGAUGAAGAGCAUGUACUGGGAGAAUGCCACGGCGAACGGCGAGGUGGUGGUGGUGAACCAGCCGAGCCACGAGGAAUUCCAGCACUACGGCGUGAAGUCGCACGAGUACAAGGCGUGGGCGGAGAUCUACUUGCUGAGCCUGACGGAUAUGUUGGUCACCACCGGCAAGUCGACGUUCGGGUACGUAGCGCAGGGGCUCGCCGGGCUGAGGCCGUGGGUCCUGCUCAACCAGCAGGCGAACGGCACGGCGGGGCACAACCAGCCGUGUAGCCGGGACAUGUCCAUGGAGCCCUGCUUCCACAUUGCGCCGUUGUACGAUUGCAAGCGGUUGAAAGGCUCCGGCACGAUCGUGCCGCAUGUGCGGCAUUGCGAGGACGUGCCCCAGGGUUUGAAGCUUGUUGAAUGAAAGGAGUCGUGAAAAGGACGCCAUGCAAACAUGGAAACAUAUAUGGAACACUUUUUAGUCUCAGCUCUAGCAUAUAGUGAUACAGAUUUUUCGAGGACAAUAUCUUGGUUAGAAGAUACUAGUCCAUCCACCCGGCUGCACGGGCUAGAAAUAUUUUAGAAAAUAUGGA